AUGUCCCUGGCCACCCUGCUGAAGGGCAGGGUCGCUCUCGUUACGGGGUCCACGACCGGAAUUGGCUACGGCAUCAUCAAGACGCUAUCGGCCGCGGGGGCGACGACCAUCAUGCAUGGCCUGCUCCCGGAAGCUGAGCUGAGGGCCAAGGCCGAUGCGCUGGCAGAGGAGACCGGGAACUCGGUCACCUACCAAACGGCAAACCUAAUGGAUGCGGCCGAGAUCAGGCGCAUGGUCGGGCAGGUGCAGGACCGCCACGGCAAGCUGGACAUCCUGGUAAACAACGCCGGCAUCCAGUUUGUGUCCUCGGUCCAGGACUUUCCCGAGGACAAGUGGGACGCCAUCGUCCAGGUGGUCAUGAACGCCCCCUUCCACGCCUCCAAGGCUGCGCUGCCGGCCAUGCUGGAGCAGGGCUGGGGCCGCAUUGUUAACACCGGCUCCAUGCACGCCACGGUGGCCAGCCCCUUCAAGAGCGCGUACAACGCCGCCAAGCACGGCGUGGCGGGGUUCACCAAGACCCUGGCCCUGGAGGUGGCCACCUCCGGCAUCACGGUCAACGCGGUCUGCCCCGGGUACGUCAUGACGGAGCUGAUCGAGAAGCAGCUGGCCAACCAGGCCGCAACGCGGGGCAUCCCCGUGGAGAAGGUCAUCUCUGAUGUCCUGCUUGUUGACCAGCCCAUCAAACGCUUUGUCCGCGCGGAGGAGAUUGGCGCCAUGGUGCGCCACCUCUGCACCGACGACGCGGGGGCCAUCACGGGGGCCUGCCUGGCCGUGGACGGGGGCUGGACAGCGCGCUGA